AGAUUUGGCGCCAAACAUCAAAAUGGCGGAUUCUUCGAGAAGAGGAAUUAAACGGCGGAGGGAACAGACAAACAGCGCCUCUGAGAUUAGAGAUACAUACUCUAAGGAAAUAAGAGAUCUCGAGGGAGAGAUUUCUCAACUGGAAGAAGAUAUUGUAGCACAGGAGACUGUAGAUGCGGGGUGUUUUAGCCUUGAGGCAUUGCGGGAAGUUUCUUCAAAACUUGUUGCUGUCGAAAAAACUGCAAGGAGAAGUGCUAAAUCCACACCGACGGUACAGAGACAGAGAGAAAUUAGUGACUUACAGAGUAAUUUUGAAAGACUUGAAGUGUUAACUGGGAUCAAAAUUACCAAAAAUUUAUCAAACUUGCUGUUUACUACCUCGAAUGAAAACAACAACAACAACGGAAUAUGCCGGACUUGGAGACGUAGUAUUUCUGGAUGGUGUAAUGGGAUCGAGUUUACAGUUGGUUUCGAUGUGGAAGAAAAAGAGAUUCCAUCUGAUGUGAUUUCAAGACUGGAAGAAGGUAGCCAAGAAACUCCAGUAACUGCUAGUGUUUUGGGGAUAAAUAUUCACCUCAACAAUGCUUUAGUAGUGCAAGAAUUGACUGACUUCAUAGCAUAUGUCAGUGAUUAUUGUGAUCUUCAGACCUUCUUUCAAGGAUUAAAGGAUUAUUGUGAAUGGUACCAUCACCGCUGUAGGACUUUUUGUCACUUUAAAUCCAAGUACCCCCAACAAGUGUUACUUUUCAAGGCUCCAGAAGCAAGCCAAAAAUUUACUGUUGUUUUCUCAAAAUGUCUAAGCUUUCUUAUCAGCUGGGUGAUAGAAGUGAGUAGUGCAGGAGUCGCAGAACCUUGUAUUGAUUGUGUUGUCUGCAGUUCUGGGAGAAAUAAUGAUAAACAGUUUGAUUCCAUUUGCCAGUCAGUUCCUUCUGACUUCAGACAGACAUUAUCAAGACUAGGAAUUGAGCAAGCAAUAGAACUUGUCAUUCGUAUGGCCAUUAGUUGAAGUCAGCUCUAUAAGUUUGCAAAUAUGAUGACUUCUGGCUGAUAGCUAGCUAAAGUGAUAGAUUAUUCCUAAGUUUGAUGGAGCAUAUAGAUCUUGUAUAAACCAAAUGGGACCUUGAUGUAAUUGACUUUGAUAAAAAUCAAUUUUUAGUGGGAUCUUUACAGUAGUAGUUCAUUUUAGGUAAUAACAGUAUAUAUUGAAAUACAAUAUUUGACCAGUACAAGUAGUUAGUGUGCUCUUCGAUUAAAUAUCUGCAGUGAUCUCUAAGAGAUUAUAUUUAGUUGGUCAGUAUUUUCCAAAAUGCUGUUGGUUGAGUCUGCAGGGCAUUAGAUAGCUUGGGGACAGGGGGCAGCUACCCCCUUAGAAGAACAGGAAUUUUACAAAAGACAUGGAAAAAGUGUCUGCCCCGAAAGCUAAUAAAAAACAUAGCUGAG